AUGGUGCAAAUCGAAGGGAAAUACGCUAAUUACAAAAAUGAAAAUUUGGACGCCUAUUUUGCCGACAUUGGUGUGCCAUAUAUUCCGAGAAAAAUGAUAUGUUCUUCCAAACCUAAUAUGGAAAUUGUUAAAGAAAAUGAUACAUGGACAAUAUCAACGUCAACUCUCUUGAAAACAACCGUUCUAAAAUUUAAAUUGAAUGAGGAAUAUGAAGAAAGCAUGCCAGGCGGCACUUUGAAGAAUACAACUACAAUGGAAGGAGAUAACAAAUUAAUUACAAAAUCAGUUGGACCUGGCGAUAUCAAAUCAGCACGCGAUUAUGAAUUUAAUGAUGACGAAUGUAUCAUUACCUUUUCCAGUGAAAAAACAACUCAAGUUGCUAAAAGAUUCUUCAAGAGAGUUUAA